GUGCCAAUAGAUGUUAAUAAGAUACGAUAGACGCGCUGUUCAGAAGUGAGUUGCGCGGGUUCACUCUGUAAACACACUUGAUGUUUUAUCUCAUCACAAGUUAACAGUUUUGUUGUUGUUGUUGUUGUUGUUUGGAUUGGGCCAGGCUAACAGCAGAGAUGGUUCUGUCUUCGCGCCUCAACCUUUUUUUUUUGCUGAAGGAUGGUAAAUAAUUUUUAAUGGCGCGACAGUGCAUUUUAGACGUUUUCAUACUAUACUGUACUCUAUUUUUGGUGAUAAGAUGCUAGUUCAAGGAUUUCCUGACAAACUAAGGACAUAUCGAUGGGACAAUUUCAAGAUUUGAGCCGUAAGUGGAUAUAGGAUGCUCUCAAAGCAAAAGCACGUCACCUGGUUCCAUGUUAUCCUCUUUACGACUCUCAUACCGCUGCAAAGAAGGGUGAAUGGGAACCCUUUAGUAAUGGAUCCCAAUAGCAUCUGCCGUAAAACUAGGAUGUUGGCAGGCAGACAUGCUGACCUGUGCCAGUCUCAGCCUGAGAUAAUUCAAGAAGUGGCAAAAGGUGCCCGGCUGGGCAUACGAGAAUGCCAACAUCAGUUCCACAACCAUCGUUGGAACUGCACCAGUCAGGGCAGAAACCUGGCCAAGAUCCUGCAACAAGAUAUCCAAGAAACUGCAUUUGUGUAUGCCAUCACAGCUGCUGGGGUGAUGCAUGCGGUGACACAGGCCUGCAGCCAGGGAGCGCUGCCUCAGUGUGGCUGUGUGACCCGUCAGAGCUCCUCAGAAACUUACAGCGUCUCCCCAGCAGAGGAAGUGCUCAUCCAGGCCUCAUCUCUCCAUGAUUGGCACUGGGAAUGGGGCGGCUGUGGAGACGAUGUAGACUUUGGUUAUGAAAAGUCUCGUCAGUUCAUGGACACCCGGCAGCGAAAAGGCAAGAGCGACAUCAGGAGCCUUAUUGACCUGCACAACAACGAAGCAGGAAGAGUGGUCAUCCAGAUACAGAUGAGGACUGAGUGUAAAUGCCACGGUCUUUCUGGGUCCUGCACUCUCCGCAGCUGCUGGAAGAAGAUGCCGCUCUUCCGUCAGGUUGGUGAUCAGCUCAUGCAGAGCUUCCACACGGCCGUCCGCGUGAUGGGUGGCAAUGAUGGGAAAUCGCUGGUGUCCAUCGAUCCGGAUGCUCCCCCCCUUGAUGCCAAUGUCCUGAUCUAUUCAGCAGAGUCACCUGACUUCUGCAAAGCCAAUCACAGAAGCGGCACAGAGGGCACAUGGGGUCGUGUGUGUAACAGGACAGAGACUGGGCCAGGCGGCUGUGAUAGUCUGUGCUGUGGGAACGGGUUUGCGGAUUUUACAGUGGAAGAGGAAGAAAACUGUGAGUGUCGCUUUCACUGGUGCUGCGAGGUUCGGUGCCAGACAUGCUCUCAGAGAAAGAAUGUCAGCCUCUGCUUGUAAAGGAGUGUAGUAGUUGUAAGAGGACAGUUGAUUUAUGUUGUAUGGCAGGCUCAUUCUGAAACCAUACCGCUAUAUACAUUUCUGAAGAUCACGAAAUACGUCAAAGGAGGUAAGGUUUUUUGCAGCUUUUGUUUUCGUGAAUCCACCAGAGGCCGCUGUGUAUGCUUUUUCUGAUCUCAAAUUUCUCUUGCGAGUGCCAUUCAUACCUGCUGUUCUCACGUAAAUCCACAAGAGGCCGCUGUUGACUAACUGACUGACUGACCAAUCGACUGACCCACCCUCCUCCCUCCCUAAACCCAACCAAUAGUGUUUCAAAAGCACUGAUUGACCUGCCCACCCACUUCACUAAACCCAACUCACAGUUUUAAAAAGCAAUCCAGAAAAAGAAAAGCCCUCGCCUGAUUUUUACCACGUUUUCAGAUUUUACCAUAUUCUCACCCUGUUAUUUACUUGUUUAUUUUAUUUUUAGAUUCUGUUUUUGUCUUACAUUCUUUCUGGAACCGUUCUUCACUGGACUCAAACGUGGACAGCUCCUCUCUGCGUCUCAAGUCCGCCGACGUACAUGGCGAACUAACUGGACAAACUGGUAAUAGCGGGAAAACCAUUUAUACGGAGGUAAGCGGUCAGCUGGUAAACGAGAAAAGGAACAGCAUAAUACCACCCUAUAGCGUUCAUUUUAAAGACGAAAUGCAGCCAUACGUACUUCUGGCUACAUAAUUUGCAAUUUCCAGAAAUGUAUAGAGGGGGACGUUUUCAGAAUGAGCCUAUGUUGUUGUUUUUCUUGAUGGACCACUUUUGAGCAGUCUCUGUAAGUCAGGUGGGCA